AUGUCGUGGUUGUUCGGUUCUUCCAAGGGUAGGUCUACCAGCUCGCCGCAUCUAGCCACUGAGAAGGCUGCCCCUGCUCCUGCCGAGUCCGCGCCCGCCGAGAAGCCCAAGCCGAGAACUCCGUCUGAUCGAUUACAGCCAUGCUGCGUUUGCAAGACCGAAAAGACCGCCCGCGAUGACUGCAUGCUCUUCUCCAAGACCGACGAUCCCACCCAGGAGUGCAAGUCCAUGAUCGACCAGUACAAGGCCUGCAUGGCGGGCUACGGCUUCAAGGUCUAGGCAGAUCCGUCCUGCUGUGAGACUCGGAUUGAUAUAUAGUUGAGCGCAUGCAAAUACGGUGUUAGGUUAUGGGUUUUCUGGGUUACUGUAUAUUGGCCAUAUUUUAGCCCUCUGGAGCAUCUCCCUUCUGUGCAAUAAAUGUAUAUUAUCUAUCAUUAUGUUCUGGGUAUUCUAUGUAUGGAGUAAGCAAGCUUUUAUCUCUUCCAGGCGCACAGCAAAGCCCGCACUGUCGAGGUGCAGGCUGUCCCGAACAUCAAAAUGGGUAUCAUAGGAGAAUCGAAUGUAUAAUUGCAAUGAAACACACUAGCCUACCCUCACUGGUUCUUCUUGUCCGUCUCUUCCGCCGCCUUCUGAUCGAUCCUGCAGCUUUGCAGCACCAGCUUCCAGAGACACC